AUGUUUGUUUCCGGUGUGGAAGCUGAUUGCUCAUCUGGAGACUCGGAUAACCUUAUGGAAGUCGGCUCCCAAAAACGGUUAAGAUCUGAAUCCUAUGGUGCAUCUUUCUCUAAAGCAUGCCGGGAGAAAUUGCGGAGGAAUAGGCUCAAUGAGAGGUUCUUGGAAUUAGUUUCUGUCCUGGAUCCUGGAAGGCUUCCCAAAACAGACAAGAAUGCUAUAUUGACUGAUGCCGUUCGAGCGCUGACCCAGUUACAAAGUGAAUCCAAGAAGCUGAAAGAGACCAUUGAGUCUUCGCAAGCAAAUAUUAAAGUAUUGAAGGCUGAGAAGAGUGAACUUCGAGAUGAGAAGCAUAGGCUAAGGGUAGAAAAAGAGAAGUUGGAGCAGCAAGUCAUAGCCAUGAGUGCACAAAAUGACAUAUCACAGGAUCAUAUCCUUCGCCCUCCUACAGCGUAA